CUUCUCCCGUCUUUCUCUAAAAAUCGCUGGAUCGUUUGAACAACCCCGAACAUUCUCAAUUCAUGUUGGCCGCGUGCUGCUCAGCGUUGCAGAGAAUUAAUGCCGCGAGAAUCUACAGACACGGCAUCAAAAUGGAGCCGAUCCGCUGGGAAGACAUCGCCUCAUCCGAUAUGUUUCGGUUUUCUGUAGGACCGGAGAGGCGCGAGUUCACUAUGCACCGCGCCCUUGUGGCACAUCUAUCCCCCGUCCUCGCCGCACUGGUCAACAACACCAAUUUCAAGGAGGCUCGUGGGGCCCAUGCCGUCCUGGAGGAGGUUGAUGAGCAGACGUUCACCCUUUUCGCCCAGUACGCUUAUACCGUGGGACUAUGACGCGGCGCCGAAGUCGACGACGGCCUUGUCCACGGUGCCCCCUUGCAUGCCCAAAGAGAAAGAGGAAAACAGCGGCGGGGGGCAAACCAACACGAACAAGAAGGCGUGGGAAACAUUUGAGCAGACCGUCAAUGAGAUCUGCCAGUCCGUCGCACCGCCGAAGUCUAUCCCCGCCGCCGCAGGUGGCCAACAGGACGCCGCCGAGGGUCUACUCCGCCACGCGAAGGCGUACGUGUUCGCCCACUACUACGGAAUCA